ACCACUUGCUUUCAAAUGGUCUUUUUUACCGUUUUGAAUUAAUGUAGUGUUUCAUGCUCGUGUGCUGUGGUACAUAUUUAUAUAUUAGUGCGAUUAUUUUAAUCUAAAUAUAUAAAUUUCUAAAAGUAACAUGUUAUUUCUUUAAGUGAAGGUAGCUAACUAGCUAGGUUGGCUAGCAAAUCUCUCAUAGCUAGCUGGGUAAGGUAGUUAGGUUACCUGGAACACAGUUCGGAGGACGUCAGUUAUGCUGUCUUUAAGAAGUCAUACAAGGGUGGACAUACGGAUAGUUGUACAAUUUGCUAUUUUUACACGAGCGUUAUCACUUGUUUUACAGGCAGCGCUAAAUGCAAUUAUUCCUGACCAUGAAGCAGAUGCCUUCAGUCCUCCCCGCACAGUGAAGCCACGCCUCUUGGACUAUACAACAGAUGUGCUACUUGGUGGCUUAGGACGCUGGGAUGCAGAACAUUUUCUCUUCAUUGCAGAGCAUGGUUAUGUGUAUGAGCACAAUUUUGCUUUUUUCCCACUGUUUCCUCUGGUCCUGUAUUCUGUAGCAUCUACCUUGUUGUGGCCUCUGAGUCCCUUUCUCACACUUCAUGGACGUUUACUUCUUGCAGUGGCCAUAGCUAAUACCACGUUAUUUGUGCUAAGUGCAGUGGCACUGUUUGGACUGAGUUGUGCAGUUCUACAGGACCGAAGUCUUGCCCUUCUCUCAAGCCUUAUCUACUGCCUUACACCAGCCAAUGUUUUUAUGUUAUCAGGCUAUUCAGAAACCCUCUUUGCAGCUCUCACUUUUGGGGGUUUGUGGUUUUUGGAGAAGGGCUUCACACUUAGAGCAUGUCUUUUUCUAUGUUUAGCUACUGGUGCACGUGCUAAUGGACUUGUGAAUGCCGGUUUCCUGCUGUACCUUCCCCUGCAGAGGAGUCUUGCCCAGGCCUGUGUCCUCAGCAAAGGGUCUGUUUGGCACAGUAGAUGCCAUUACUACAUUGUGGCAGCUCUUAGAUAUUCCCUCACAUCAGCCCUUUGCAUCACAGUUGUUGUGCUGCCAUUUGGACUCUUCCAGCUCUAUGGGUACUACACAUUCUGCAGACCAACUGUGACUCAGGAGCAGGUUCCUGAUGUGCUGCUUAACCUUGCUGACAAGAAAGGAUACCGAGUCCCAGACGAAGCUGCACCCACACCAAGCUGGUGCCUGAUGCGCAUCCCAAUUCUGUACUCUUACAUCCAAGACGUUUACUGGGAUGUGGGAUUUCUCCGGUAUUUCAAAUUAAAGCAGAUACCCAACUUUCUUUUGGCACUACCUAUCGCUACACUGAGUGUCAUGGCAUUAUACAUGUAUAUAAAGGCUAAUCCGCUAUUUUGUUUGCAUCUUGGUUUGGGGAAGAGUGCAAAGAAAGGGAAAGAAGGAAAACCACCAGCAAACUUCUACAGCUCAAAGGUGUUCGUGUACAUUGUACAUUGCUUUUCCUUGCUUAUAUUUGGCAUAUUUUGUAUGCAUGUACAGGUCCUUACCCGUUUUCUAGCCUCCUCUUCACCUGUGGUCUACUGGAUCAGUGGCCACGUUCUUCUAUGCAAUGAACCCUCAUUACUAGAAGAAAAACACUUUGCUUAUGGCAAGCCACAGGACAACCUCAAACAAUGCUGUAUUCAUUCUUACUUGGUAUCCAUUAACAAUCCUAUCACUCAACUACUUAUGCACUGGAACACAUGCUCCUUUCGCACACGUUGCAUACUCGGAUAUUUUGUUUCAUAUUGGCUGCUGGGCCUGGUUCUUCAUUGCAACUUCUUGCCUUGGACUUAAUGUAAAUUCUUUAAUUGGACUCAAUAUUCUUCCACAAAACACUCCAGCAGCUGGAGUAUCUUGUCUGCAAUUUGUAAUUGUUUUUUGGAUGCUCAUGGGGGUUUGUGUAUUUUAUAGAAGUGAGUUGGCCUACAAAUAAAGAUAUUUUAAAGAACUGCAAAAUGUAAACUGGUCAGCACGAGGGGACCAUUUCUUUGGCUACUUGAAAGUAUUCUUUAAUAUUCAAAAUAUUUGUUAGAAAUAUGCUUAACAUUGGGUAGCACUCUAUAGGCAUCCUUAUGCUCAGAUUCACAGUAUUAAUAUUAAUUUGAUUGAGAACCUGUGGUGGAACAAAUCAAAUCAAAAUUCUGUAUAGUUGUGUCAUGCUGCUGUAAAGCUGUCGGGUAUUGUGCCGGUUACUAAGGCUGUCAUCUUAAGAUAACUUUCAGUUUCUUUCAUAUGAAUUAUAUUAACCAGGUUAAGCAAACUACCUAUGAGACUAGGUCUGUCGAUUGUAACGUAUUGUUUUGGCGCCAUCUUGUGUAACAAAGAAUUUAUACGUGUAGUUUAUAUUUUCAUUUAGCAGAUGCGCUUGUCCAGAGCGUCUUUACAGAAGUUCUUUGUAAUCUCUAUUAAAAUAUAUCUUCAAGAAUACAAUCAAGCUAAAGCCCUGACUAUAAUGGGGAAAGGAAAACAAAGAAGUGCAUAUUUAAUUUCCCCGUGAUACUGAAUAUGUGACUUAUCAUUUGAGGACAGGGAAGUUCAUCAGUGUAAACAGAGCAUGUUUAAUAUUUUACAGUUAUGGAUGUAAGAUCACUUCUCUUAUUGCUGAAAGAGAGAAAGAUGUUCUUUGGGGCUGUAUGGUUCCCCCCAACACAACGAGUUGGUGUUUAUUGUUAUCCAAGGAGCUCCCAAUGUUUAAAAUUACUACAUAAAAUGUUAGACUCUAAUAAUUUAAGAAAAUAAAUGAUAACCCAGCUCCA